CUGGCCCCUCCAGUCGGCAGGAGCCCAGGUGCCUGCGGGUCAGGAGGCGCCGAGGAUGUGCCGCUGGUUGCUGCUGCUGCUGUGGGCGCUGCUCGCCGGCUCGGCGGCGGGGGGCUCGGGCCAGACCUACCCACACCGCACCCUCCUCGACGCGGAGGGCAAGUACUGGCUGAGCUGGGGUCGGCGGGACGACCGGCUCGCCUUUCGCCUCGAGGUGCGCACCGCCGGCUACGUGGGCUUAGGCUUCUCGCCCACUGGGGGCAUGGCUGCAGCCGACAUCGUCGUGGGCGGGGUGGCCCAGGGCCGACCCUACCUCCAGGAUUAUUUUACAAAUGAAAAUAGAGAGUUGACAAAAGAUUCUCAGCAAGAUUACCACCUAGAAUAUGCGAUGGAAAACAGCACACACACAGUGAUUGAAUUUACCAGAGAUCUGCAAACGUGUGAUAAAAACGACAGGACUAUAACGGAGAGCACUGUGAAAGUGAUCUGGGCCUAUCACCACGAAGAUGUGGGAGAAGAUGGUCCCAAGUACCACAGCUCCAACCGUGGCACCAAGAGUCUGCGGCUUUUGAAUCCUGAGAAAACCAGUGUGUUGUCCACAGCCAUGCCAUACUUUGACCUGGUCCAUCAGAACGUCCCCAUCCCAAACAAAGAUACGACAUAUUGGUGCCAAAUGUUUAAGAUUCCUGUGUUCCAGGAAAAGCAUCAUGUAGUCAAGGUUGAGCCAGUGAUACAGAGAGGCCAUGAGAGUCUGGUCCAUCACAUCCUGCUCUAUCAGUGUGACAGCAAUUUGAACGACAGCAUUCUGGACUACGGCCACGAGUGCUACCACCCCAACAUGCCCGACGCAUUCUACACCUGCCAGACCGUUUUCUUCGCCUGGGCCAUUGGUGGAGAGGGUUUUUUCUAUCCACCUCAUGUUGGAUUAUCCCUCGGCACGCCAUUGGAUCCUCGGUAUGUGCUCCUGGAAGUUCAUUAUGACAAUCCGACAUAUAUAGAAGGCUUAAUAGAUAAUUCUGGACUGAGGUUAUUUCAUACAACAGAUGUAAGGAAAUAUGAUGCCGGGGUGAUUGAGGCUGGCCUCUGGGUAAGCCGCUUCCAUACCAUCCCUCCAGGCAUGCCUGAGUUCCAUUCCGAGGGCCACUGCACUCUGGAAUGCCUGGAAGAGGCUCUGGAAGCUGAAAAGCCAAGUGGAAUCCACGUGUUUGCUGUUCUUCUCCAUGCUCACCUGGCUGGCAGAGGCAUCAAGCUCCGUCAUUUUCGCAAAGGGAAAGAAAUGAGAUUAAUUGCUUAUGAUGACAAUUUUGACUUCAAUUUCCAGGAGUUUCAGUAUCUAAAGGAAGAACGAACUAUCUUACCAGGAGAUAAUCUAAUUACUGAGUGUCGCUACAACACAAAAGAUAGAACCUGGAUGACUUGGGGAGGACUAAGCACCAGGAGUGAAAUGUGUCUUGCAUACAUUCUUUAUUACCCAAGAAUUAAUCUUGCUCGAUGUUCAAGUAUUCUAGACAUUAUGGAACAACUUCAAUUCAUUGGAGUUAAGGAGAUCUACAGGCCAGUCACGACCUGGCCUUUCAUUAUCAAAAGCCCCAAGCAAUAUAAAAACCUUUCCUUCAUGGAUGCAAUGAAUAAAUUUAAAUGGACUGAAAAGGAAGGUCUGUCCUUUAAUAAGCUUGUCCUGGACCUGCCGGUGACCGUGAGAUGCUCCAGGGCGGACAAUGCAGAGUGGUCGAUCCAAGGGAUGGCAGCUUCACCUCCAGCUAUAGAAAGACCGCACAGAGCAGAGCCCUCGGAGUGCACCUCUCCUUCCCCCUCUCUGCACGGGAACCUCUCCCCCGGGCUGCUGGCGGGCCUCACAGUGCUGGGCAGCGUGCUGAGCAGCGUCCACUCGGGGGCCUAAUUCUGUUGUCCUGGGGACGAUGUUUUCUGUGAUGCAAAACUGUCAUUUAAGGUGGAAGUCAGAGACACCUUGGGCCCAAGGAGUGUGAAGACCGGAGGCUUACGUGGCAUAUACUCCCUCCCCACUCCCUGUCUCCCUCUAUUCCGUGUUCCUCAG